GAAAAGGCGGCGGCGGGGCCCAGCCCCGCGGGGUGACAGCCGCGGUCGGACGCACAGCCUGUCCGACGCCGCCAUGAGCGCCGCGCUCUUCAGCCUGGACGGCCCGGCGCGUGGCGCGCCCUGGCCUGCCGAGUGCGGGCCUUUCUACGAGCCGGGCCGGGCGGGCAAGCCGGGCCGCGGGCCCGAGCCAGGGGCCCCGGGGGAGCCGGGAGCCUCCGCCCCCGCCAUGUACGACGACGAGAGUGCCAUCGACUUCAGCGCUUACAUCGACUCCAUGGCCGCCGUGCCUACCCUGGAGCUGUGCCACGACGAGCUCUUCGCUGACCUCUUCAACAGCAACCACAAGGCGGGCGUCGCGGGCGUCGCGGGCGCCCUGGAGCUGCUGCCCGGCGGCCCCGCGCGGCCCCUGAGCGCCGGCCCCGCCGUCCCGCGUCCGCUCAAGCGGGAGCCCGACUGGGGCGACAGCGACGCGCGGGGCUCGCUGCUGCCCGCGCAGGUAGCCGCGUGCGCGCAGACCGUGGUGAGCUUGGCCGCCGCCGCCGCGCAGCCCACGCCGCCCACGUCGCCCGAGCCGCCGCGGGGUAGCCCGGGACCGAGCCCCGCGCCCGGCGCCGCCCGGGAAAAAGGAGCGGGCAAGAGGGGCCCGGACCGCGGCAGCCCCGAGUACCGACAGCGGCGGGAGCGCAACAACAUCGCCGUGCGCAAGAGCCGCGACAAGGCCAAGCGGCGCAACCAGGAGAUGCAGCAGAAGCUGGUGGAGCUGUCGGCCGAGAAUGAGAAGCUGCACCAGCGCGUGGAGCAGCUCACGCGGGACCUCGCCGGGCUCCGGCAGUUCUUCAAGCAGCUGCCCAGCUCGCCCUUCCUGCCGCCCCCCGGCGCCGCCGACUGCCGGUAACGCGCGGCCCGCCGGCAGAGACUCACCAACGACCGAUACCUCAGACUCGACGGCCGGAGCCCCGCGCGCGCGCCCGCCC